AUGGCAAUUCUCAGUUGGUUGAAACUGUUGUCACCGCCUAGAGGUCACGGCCACCUCUCAGCUGCUCAGCCUGAGUUUACAGUCACCGCAGUUGUCAUUGGCCUCGCUAUUGGAUGCCUAAUAUGCUUCACAAACUUGAGCCUGGGCUUGCAGUCAGGAUGGAUAUCCAUGAUGUCCAUACAGUCCGCCCUUAUCGGUUUUCUAAUUUCACGAAUGCUGCCAACGCCAUUGACACCCCAGGAGCUCAUUGUAGUCCAAACCACAGCUGUCGCUACCGGAACAAUGCCACUUGCUGCCGGCUUCGUUGGUAUCCUGCCUGCAUUGAGCCUGUUGGAUGAAGAGCGGGAUGGUUCACCAGCCAUUCGCCUUGACUGGUGGUCAGCAUUGUGGUGGUCCUGCGGGGUUGCGUUCUUUGGUGUAUUCCUCUCGCCGCCUUUGCGAAAGCAAGUUAUUAUCGAGGAGGAACUGCCAUUUCCUUCAGGAACUGCAACUGCUCAGAUGAUAUCCGUAUUGCACAAGCUCCCUCCACCGGAUACCCAAGUUCACCGUCGACGCGGAUAUCAACAGGUGGAUGAAGACGAAGUAAACGUGGCCCCCGCAGAGGAGACAGAAGUUGCAGACCCACAGCGAGAAGAAAGUGACGGUCUAGAACGAGAAGCAGUACAACACGACGGAUGGCACGAUUUGAUUUGGAGCUUCAGUGCUGCAGGUGGUCUGACUCUGUUCGCAUACUUCUUCCCCGCUGUGUUCACUAUCCCUAUAUUUGGAACUUAUCUUGCCAAAGAAUGGCUUUGGUAUUUUACCCCCAGUCUGUCGUAUGUUGGCCAAGGAAUCAUCAUGGGGUUCCCAACCACCGUCAGUAUGAAUCUCGGUAUGCUUGUUGGCUGGGCAGUCCUUUCGCCACUUGCGAAGCUAUCUGGCUGGGCGCCUGGUCCUGUCGGUGACAUGUCCAACGGUGCUCGCGGAUGGAUCCUCUGGGUUUCGCUGGGAAUCAUGUGCGUCGACAGUCUGGUGUCACUCCUCCCUGUCGUUGUAGAGUAUGCAGCGGACUUGAUCUGGCCCCUGAGGCGCCAUUAUUCGCGGAUCGGGGAUAAUGGUGUUGCCAAACGGGAGGACCAUGAAGUUGAGACCCCCAACCGGCUUGUACCUACUUCGUGGGUCCUAAUUGGCCUUGUCUCAAGCAUAACCGUAGGGACGUGCCUCGUCUGGUUAGUCUUUGGUCAUGACGGCAUUAAGCCCUGGGCGACUGUGGUGGGAUUCAUCUUUGGUGGCUUCUUGAGCGUGAUAGGAGUCCGUGCUCUUGGAGAAACCGAUUUGAAUCCAGUCUCUGGUCUGGGCAAGGUAUCCCAACUUCUCUUCGCUUGGAUCCAGCCAGGGAACGUCGUUGCGAACAUCAUUGCCGGAGGAGUCGCGGAGGCAGGUGCCCAACAGGCGGGCGAUCUGAUGCAAGACCUAAAGACUGGGCACUUGUGCCGAGCUUCUCCUCGAGCCCAAUUCUAUGGGCAAUUGGUUGGAUCUGCAGUUUCGGUCGUGAUAACCACCACCGCCUUUACGCUUUACAACCGAGCAUAUGAAAUCCCCGGUCCUUCCUUCCCCGCACCAACUGCCUAUGUAUGGCUCGGUCUGGCUCGCCUCCUUCGUGACGGUCAAUUGCCGGAAAACAGUGCAACCUUUAUGGUGGGUUUCAGUCUAAUAUUCGGCAUUCUGUCGGGGGCAAAGACGUAUGCUUCUCGAAACCAAUUAUGGUAUGCCCAAUGGAUACCUUCCGGGGUCGCCUUUGCCAUUGGUUUCCUCAAUACGCCCUCUUUCUCGAUCGCAAGAUUGAUCGGAGGGACUAUCGAGUACAUUUAUCGCACCAGAUAUGCGAGGAAGGAUGGGGGCGACAUUCGGUUGGUGGUCGUUGCCAGUGGGUUUGUCUUGGGCGAAGGUGUCGUCAGCAUUGUUUCUUUGAUUCUCAAGAUUAUUGGUAUCGGUGUUGUAAGCUGUAUAGGAUGCGGCCAUGGGUUGUGCGGAGGCUGCCCCGCUACGACGUAG